UUGGUCCCCCAUUUCCCUUCCCUUCCAUUCUCCAUUCUUGAUAAUUUAUCUGUUUAUUUGAUCCAAAACUAUACUAUAUCCCUAUUUUUAAAGAUUAUUAGCGGCGUUCUAAAGGAAUUCCCCUUUUACAAUUAAGUAUUUAUGGCUAGAGUUCAUGGGAUCGUCUACCCAUCAGUUAAGAAUCCCCAUCAUCCCAGAUUAAGCACUAAUUCUCAAGGAUUGGUAGUAAAAAAGUUCAGCCAUGGGCAACUUUUUAUGUUAAAAUUGAAGUUAUCCAGCAAUGCCAGAUUGAGUAAAUGCGAAAACUCAGAUAGUUUGUAUGCGUCCCACACUUUUUCUUUCUUAUGCCGGUUAAGAGAAACACAAACUGCAGAAACAGAAGAAUGUGUUAGCCGUAAUGAAGAUUGCUCAGAUAAUUUCAGAACUCAAGGCGAAGACGGUCAACAAAUAAAUCCAGGGGGGUCUGGUGACAUAAACCAGGCAUUAUCUGAAGCUUGUAAAUUUGCUUACAAUGAUGCUAGAUAUGUCAAUGAAAGAGCCAAAAAUGACAUCAUCUUGCUUUCUCGUGGGAUCAGGAAGUUGGAUGCUAGGGCACGCCAAGAUGUGGCAAUUCUGGGUUCUGGUUUUUUGAAGCUUGAUGCCCGGGCUAGGGAGGACACUGAAAAAAUUGACAGUAACGUGAAGAAGAGAGCCGAACAUCUUCAUCGUGUUGGACUAAUCUUAAAAAACAAAGCUCAGUCUAAAUUAAAAAGUGUUGCUGAUCGACAUUGGAGUGAUGGAGCUUUGGAGGCUGAUCUUCGGCGUGCUGAUUAUAUAGCCAAGCAGCGAGCAAUGGAAGAUGCCCUGAUGGCUUUAGAGUUUAUAAAAGAUGUCCACGACAUGAUGAUCAGCAAGAUGUACAAACUGAAAAACGAAGCUUUAUCUUUUGAUGAUGUGGCGGGCCAGAUAACACUAGAAAAGAAUGGAAAAGUACUUGACUUUUUCCCUGGGGAGGUGUCAACUGAUCGCAUUACUGCUAUUCAGGAAGCUUAUCAGGAUAUGGCAUCUGCACUAUCUGAAGCUGAUGGAAUAGACUAUACUGACCCUGAAGAGCUUGAGUUGUUAGUUGCAACACUGAUGGAUCUAGAUGCAAUGGAUGGUAAAGGCAGUGUAUCGCUGUUGGCCGAGUGUUCAAGUUCUCCCGAUGUUAAUACAAGAAAAGCAUUGGCUAAUGCUCUAUCAGUUGCACCAUCAAUGUGGACGCUUGGAAACGCAGGCAUGGGAGCCUUACAGAGAUUAGCAGAAGACAGCAAUCCUACCAUUGCAGCUGCAGCAUCUAAAACCAUCUCAGAACUUAAGAGACAAUGGGAGAUAGAAGAAGGUGACAAUUAUAGGUUUAUGAUGAAUCAAAUUCCUUUGCGUGAUGUUGACUAUGAAAGAUGUGAUGAUGACGAUGUAGAAACAGAAGAAUACUAAAUGUUAAUGUUUAGAAACUUGAUAUCAAUGUAGAUAUAUCUCGGUAAAAACAAGUAACAUGUAAUGUAUUGAUGUCUAAGGUUUUAAUGUGUACGAAAAAACAUCUUACGGAGAAAA